AUGUGUGUUAAACCGUUUUUUUCCCAGAAUGCAGAGUCAGUGGAGGUCGACAGUAUCCCUUUACCAGAUAUGCCUCACGCGCCCUCAAAUAUCCACAUCCAGGACAUCCCACUCCCAGGAGCUCAGCCUCCGUCCAUACUGAAGAAGAACACCUCUUUUGGUAAAGGACCUCUGUCUGCAUCUUCUGGACCGGUUUUGGCGUCAGCGCCGGGCGUGCCGCGUUUACCUCCGGGGAAGAAGCCCCCCGGGCCGCCGCCUGGGCCCCCGCCUCCACAGGUCCUGGCGCUGUACGGCAUUCCUGCUCGGCGAGCUUUCGGCACGGACACGGAGCCGUCCAUUCCCGGUUUAGAAAAGGACGCCGCGAUGGAGCUGGGAAGAGACCGGGACAGCGGCAGCGAGAGCGACAGAGAUCGGGACGAUGCAGACGACGACGAAAGCGACUCCGAGGAGGACAGCGAAGACGAGAGAGACGAAGGGGGAGACGGAGACCAGAGAAUGAGCAUGGACAGACAGGAUGACGACAGAGAGGAGGACCGAGACCGAAACGAAAGACAUGCUGGUCGCAGUGUACGUUUUGCGGACAUGCCUCCAGACGCACCGCGUGAAGGGAAGAGGAAGAAGAAGAGGCUGGUGAAGAAGACGAAGGCCAUCACUCCUCUGCAGGCCAUGAUGUUGAGGAUGGCAGGUCAGUCGGUGCCUGAAGACGAGGAAGAGGAGGAGGUAGAGGAGGAAUACACAGAUGAAUCCGACAGCUCGGACAUCGAGGACAGGGGACCACCUGGAGAAAGUCAGCCCCACCUGAUGGCCAGUCAGCGUCUGCCUCCUCCUGCUGGGCCGGUGGGACAGGGGCCUCCACACAUGCAGGGCCCACCGAUGACGGGGCCUCCUCCUCUGGGUCCCCCUCCAGCUCCUCCAAUGAGGCCUCCUGGUCCACCCUCUGGCCCACCUCCGGGCCCACCACCAGGUUAGAUGCUUACUAGCUUGAAUACGCCGCUCCGACUCUGAAAUACAUAUUAGAAUAAUCC